AUCAGCAUAAUGAAAUAGCUGGAAAAUCAAAGUUUUUAGUUAAUGCUGUAGGAAUAAUUAGCUCCCGACAUCAAGAUACCAAUAUUUUCAUCCACAUCACUGCUUUUUAUCCAAAAGAUAUGACUCAAGAUGCCGACUUAGAAAGAUUUAAGAAAGGAGAUAUUAUCCAAGUUCAAGGUAGAUUUUCGAUAACCGAAAUAGAAGUUGAUGAUAGUAAGGUUAAACUUAUUAAGGUUAUAGCAUCCAAUAUAUGCGUACUCGGUCUCGAUGAAGAAGAUCUUCCAAGAUCUUCAAUAUCUGUUACGCUAGUCGAUAUAGUAUCAGAUAAUCCAGAAAUUAGUGAUGACAAAAUUACCUUAAAUAUCACCGCCAGAGAAUAUCUUAAUGAUCAGCUUAAUGGCUCUCUUUUGUUUAAUUUAUAUCACUUUUCGAAAGAAGCUCACUUGCUUUCAAUUUCUACAAAAGCUUCGCGUGAAUCAUCCUCCUCACUAUCGUAUAAACCUUCUAAUUAUGUUUGGGAAAAAAAACAUACAAAUGAACAACCUUCUUCAUCA